AUGUGGCGGAGAGCCUAUCUUUUCUUGGUUCUUGUCCGGCUAUGGUUUGCGCUUUCGCCAAGCUAUCUACACCCUGACGAGAACUUCCAGGGGCCGGAGGUUAUUGCGGGGCAAAUAUUUAGUUAUCCUGUCCGACUUACCUGGGAGUUCACUACCGACCAUCCGAUCAGAAGCGUUUUCCCACUAUGGCCCGUAUACGGUCUACCGAUGCUUCUGCUGAGGUGGUUAUGGAUAGGGAACGGCAACGACGGCGAGAUCCCACCUAUCGCGGUGUUCUGGACCUUGCGGGUGCUCAUGUUCAUCAUCAGCUUUGUCCUUGAGGACUGGGCUAUCCACGAGCUGGUGCAGUCCCCCCGGCAUCGACGCGUCGCGGUUCUCCUUGUCGCCUCUUCCUACGUCACUUGGACGUACCAAACACACACAUUCUCCAACUCCGUGGAAACUCUGGUCGUCGCGUGGUGUUUGGUGCUUAUCGAGCGCAUAGUUGCAAGCCCUAACCAGGGCUCAGUUCUUGCAUCGACAGUUCUCGGCAUAGUCGCUGUGUUUGGCGUGUUUAAUCGAAUUACUUUUCCAGCUUUCCUUCUGAUACCCGGCAUUCGACUAUUGCCCUACUAUUGGAAGAAUAUCUUGUCUUUCGCCGUAGUCGUAGCGGCAGGACUGUGUACGACCGUAGUUGCCAUUGCACUUGACACGGCCUUUUACACACCUCACUCGAUCUCGUGGUCAGAUCUUAUACGGAACCCCGUUCUCACGCCUCUGAAUAAUCUCCUAUACAACAUCUCGCCGGACAACCUGGCUCAACAUGGUCUACAUCCGUGGUACCAGCACUUGCUGGUAAAUCUUCCACAGCUUAUCGGGCCCGCGGCUAUGCUUCUUUUCAUCCGGCCGCAUCUCUCCCUACGGCUUUAUUCGGCCAUUUCGGGGAUAUCUGUCCUCUCUAUAUUCCAUCACCAGGAAGCGAGGUUCUUACUUCCUACUAUCCCCCUAAUUUUGUCCUCCGUACGGCUACCGAAACGCGAGUCGGCCUUGCGAACCUGGACAAUAUCCUGGAUAAUCUUCAACCUUUUUUUUGGGACUUUGAUGGGCGUUUAUCAUCAAGGAGGCAUCGUGCCAGCCCAAGUCUUUAUGAGCAAGCAACCAGACGCCACUCAGUCCGUUUGGUGGAAGACGUACAUGCCGCCGAUAUGGUUACUGAAUGGCAAAAACGAAGUACUUCGCACGCGCGACCUCAUGGGUGUAGCCGGCGAGAAGCUGUUUGAGGAGCUCGAGCAACUUGCCACGUGCGAUACUCCUGCAGACAGGAGGAGCAUGGAGUACCUGAAGGAGAAAAAUGGGACGUAUCUCAUUGCCCCAGUUUCGGCAACUUGGCUGGACCCAUAUCUACUAAACAAGGGCCUGGAAGGGCUGAGGUUUCGCGAAGUGUGGCGGCACCAGCAACAUUUAAACUUGGAUGAUCUAGACUUUGCAGAGGAUGGCGUUUGGAAUACCCUGGGUCGAGUUAUUGGGAGGAGGGGUCUUGCUAUUUGGAGAGUCACGAAGAGCUGCCCUCGCCAGGGGAGAUCUUAG